AUGAACGUCACUAUCUUGGUUAAAUUGCAGAAUGUAUUCAUUCAACAUGCCAUUAAUGCUCGAAACAGUAAAGGAAAAUAUGAACCAUUUCUUGGAAAAGGUGUUACAGAUAUUUGUAAAUAUCUUAACAAAGGGAAAGGCAAUAAAUUGAUUCGGGGACUUUUUAACAGAAUUAACAUGGAACAUUUUCCAACAUCAUGUCCAGUCGAACCAGGAUUUUACUAUGCAAAAACAGGUAUACAAUUUGACGAAAAUAACUUGUUUGUUCAGUAUAUCGGAGAAGCCAAAUCUAUGCUUUCAAUGGACUUUGGUACGAAAACAAAUGGAGAAAUGAAUUAUUUCAUUAAUAUAAAAGCUUAUCUUGAAUGUAAGAAAGUCUUGGAUGAGAAAAAGAACAAAACUGAAGUAAAGUUUUAG